AUGUCAAGCAUACAGUUCUACACCGACGACAAUUGCCUCGACGCAGGCACCCUCGGUAACUCAAGCGGUCCAUCCAAUGGUCUCUGUACGCAAUUCGGCGAGUCGGCAUUCAAGUCAUUUCGGGUCGUCACCCUCCAGAGAACUUGCGCUGUGACGAUCUACGGCUCUGAUGUGGCCUAUUGUUCGAGUACGAAUAUCGGGCUGGCUUCGUUUGGUGCCUGCAUGAAGAACACAACUGUCAACCAAUUCUCGGUGGAUUGCCAGGAUUUUCAGAUUGCGAACAGUGAUAGUCCGGCUUCGUAUAUCUCGCCAGCAGCGACGGCAACGGGCUCUUCAUCGACAGCAAGUGCGUCGCCUUCGAGUUCCGCUGCAGCGGCAGAGGAUGGACUAUCGACUGGAGCAAAAGCUGGGAUAGGCGCUGGGAUAGCAGUACUGGUCAUCGCUGCCGUCGCACUCGGCAUCUUCUUCGUUCUACGACGGCGGAGGAACGCUGGAACGACGACUACAACCGCAAAUGGACUACCCCAAGGAGGCCCAGGUCCACAAAUGGGCGAGCUGCAAGGCGACUACAGAAAUCCCCUCGAAGCACCACCAGGGUACUCAGCUGGGAUCGUGGGGAGUAAGAAUGUGGCAUACUGGCAGAAACCACCUCGGGUGCCGAAUGUUGCGCCAGUGGAGGCGCCAGGGGAUCACGCGUACCGAGGCGGGCUUCAUGAGAUGGAGAGUCCAGCGGUUGUGCCGGGGAGAAACGAUGCGCCUUUGGUCACGAUGGCUAGGAGCGAUCAUGGCACGGUGUCUAGUGGGCAUAGUGGUGCAGCGUCCGUUGUGUCGCCUUUGUCGAGGACGGGGCCGAGUCAGGUAUCGACGCUGUCGACUACGCGGUGA